ACUCCACAAGGACGUAAUGGGGAGCGCGCUUCAAAUUCCUCACCAAUGAGGUGUUGUGUCUGCAGUUUGGAGUUCCAAAAUCCAUCCAAUUCUCUGAUUUUAUGUGGCAACUGCAAUACAGUCGUUCAUCAGGGAUGUUAUGGCGUACCGAAACUAACUGGUGUUAAUAACUGGUUUUGUAGGAAAUGCGAGUCGCAAGUUCGCAUGAGCAAAAUCCGUUGCGAUUUGUGCCCAAUUAAGGAUGGUGCAUUUAAACGCAGCAACGGCGUUCGAUGUGGUUGGGCCCAUAUUAUCUGUGCAAUAUACAUACCUGAAGUAUUUUUCACUGAUCUUAGCACUAUGGAGCUUAUAUCAGUUGAGAACGUGAUGCCCGAUAGGCUUGGUCGAUCGUGUAUAUUUUGCGAAAGAAAUCAACGAAGCUCUCUAGCGAACUACGGAGCUUGUAUCCAAUGUGCGUGGAAAAAUUGCCGUUUACACUUCCAUGUUUCUUGUGCUAGUGUAGAAGGUUUACUUAGCGAGUUACCUGCAACUGAAGCGAAUACAUCUUUAUCGAUUGCCGAAAUAUUAUUCAAGACAACUGAUAAAAAUAAACCUUCGCUUAAUUUAUCAGUUGAUUCCGCCGAAUUAUCUAAAGAAAUGAAUCAUAGUUGUGAACAACAAUCUUAUAAAUAUCAAUUAAAUGGGUUUUGUUGUCCGCAGCAUAAAAAGAAAUUCAUGUCUGAAGCUUCCAAUUCGAACUCAUUUCCUGCUAUUUCUCACGGUAGCGCUGACGUUAACAAAGGAUGUAAGUCUCCUACGACUGAAUUGUCUUGUGAAGUGAAUAACCAACUUCCUAGACGCCGAUCUUCCCAGCUGCGUCUUUCUCAGCGACCAUAUACUUCAGAUCCAAACAAAACAGAUGAGGGUAGUAACUUCCAAGACGACUUAAAGAGUGAUGGAAGGACCACGUCGGAAUGCAAGAGCGAAUUCAGUCAUCAAAGCUCUUCCAAAUUACAGAAAGAUCAAAUUUCUAGUGAAACUCGCUCUCCUGGAUCUACAACAACCGACUGCCCAAAUGUUAAACGGAUCAAAAUAGAUGUAAACUUAAGUAAAGACAAAAUUGGUGAAGCUAUUGAUACAGAACGAGUUAUUACAUCUCCGUCAUCAUCAGCAACAACAAACAAUCACUCGGCUGUGACUAGUACAAUUUUAUCAUCCCAAAGUUCCGUUACUGAUUCCACUAUCCCUGUAACUUCUCAGGAAAAUUUACCUCUAAUACUACCGCGUCGACCUUUAUCAUUACGUGGUUUAGGCAUUUCUUGUAAUUCGAAGAAUAGUUCAGUUUUAAAUAAUAUAGCUGGAAUGUAUGUUGACUCACCACUGGCGCCUACAAAUAAAGUCUCAAUCUCAGCAAAAUCCGAUAAUUCAUCACCACCUACAUUAGCUACAAUGCAUGAUUUGUUAGAAUGGCAAUGGGAUCAAGCUGGAGCUUUACUAAUGCAACAGGCAAAAAAUACAGAUGUUGUUACCUUAUUGGAUUGUUUGCAUCAAUUAAAAUGUGAAAAUGAUAUUCUUGAAGCUAAAUUAAUUCGUCUUACAACAAGACAUGAGCAUUUGAAAUCUGUGAAUGCUCGUUUGUCUGAUUCACUUGCUACAAUGGAAUCAACAAUGGUAAUGAACUCUCCGAAACAUGAAAUUCCCGAACAAAAUUCUACUGGAGUCAAUAAUCUUACAAAAAAGUCAAAUCACCAUUUUGCUUAUCCCUUGGAUACUAAUACUGCCAUUACUUCUAAUAUAACGACCACUACACAGAGUUCACAUAUGUCUACAAUCUUACAGUCUAUUGAUCAGGAAUCUCAUCCACUUCAGUUAUCCGAAAAUGUUACUAAAAAUUCUUCGAAUCAAUCUGUCACAUUGGUCAACAAUUACAAUGAUCCAUCUUUUGCAAAAUAUUCAACUAACGCUAAUAGGAAAGUUCCAAUUCUACCGAAAGACUAUGCUACAAAUUGUUCCAAUUUGAAUUUAAAACAUGAUUCAACAAAUCUUAUGGAUAAUCUAGGAUCAUUUGAUAAAAUUCACUCAACCAAUUGUUUAAAUCAUACUCAACCAGUAUUUUGUACAUCAUUAGAUUAUUCAAAGUCUUCACAUGAAUCACAUUUAAGUUAUUCAAAUUUAAUAAAACAUCAACCGAAUACAUUUCUAAAUGAUUCUUUCACUCCACAUAAUAAUAAUAAUAAUAAUAAUAAUAAUCAAACUAGAUCAACCUUUGACUAUCUAUCCAGUUCAUGUUCUUCUUCUACGUUACCGUCAACAAAUCCUACAUAUUUUACUAAAAGUGUUAAUCAUGAUGAUUUGCAGGAACUAAGCGCUCGUUUAAGUUCAGCAAUAGCUGCUCGACAACCUCAGUCAUCAAAAAGCACUAGUUCAGCUAUGCCUUCAUGUCCUGCGUUGACUAAGAAUUCUGGUCAAAGCAAAAGAAACAGCAAAGUUGUUACAUCUACUCAACCAUCAUCUUCAAGUAAAUUGCCGAUACCUCCGUUAAAUUCUGGUUCAUUGGUCAAUUGCAUUUCGAAAUUAGACCCAUUAACUAGCUGUCAAAAUUUCUGUCAUACGAAUUCGAAUAACAUGCAACCUACAACAUCUAAUAAUUCAACUAUAUCAUCAUAUUCCAGUGAUCAAGUUUCUAUACAAUCACAAAGUAACCCUUUAUGUAAGUUUAUCCACUUCAGAAUUGUAGUGUUUGACGUUAUUGUACUAUGUAAUUCACCUAAAUACAUCGAAAUAGCUUCUUAUGUUGUUUAAAAAUGUUUCAGAUUCUGACCUUCAACUGUGGUUUACGGUGUUCAUGAUUACAUAUUUGUAUCCCUUGGUUAGUUCUUUUUACAGCAAAUGUAAGACACCGACGUACUAUAGAUCCGACCUUUUACAACGGGAUCAAUAUUAAGAAGGGGUCGUAGAUGGGUCAGAGUGUCACAAGCCACUCUAAGCUUCACACUAUACGUGAAUUGAUAUCAUCACUCACGCCACCAUCAGCACUUAAACAGCAACUUGGAUACUCCAACUUCUCGACUAUUUUUAACUACUGACUAUCAAGAGUGAAUGCAGAUUUUGGGGUUCUGCCAGUCUUGUAAAAGUAUUUUUCAAUUAGAAGGUCCAAGGUACUUGCUCCGUACCUACGUUCACUGCCAACUGAUUAAGUACGAAUUGCAUGACUUGGGUACACCACACAGUAAGGCAAUAUCGUCCGCAUACAGUAUGUCGAAAAGUCUUUCUCAAAGCAAAAUGUACACCACCAUUACCUACAUCCAUUAGGGCUGUUUCCCGAAAGUCGUCAAUGGCAAAGUUGAAGACAGUUGGUGAGAUUGGGCAAUCCUGUGUAAUCACACUGCUUGAAACAAUGGAGUGCGGUGUUUGUACACCCCCACUUUCCCUUAGUUGUUGUAUGUAGGGUCUUCACGAUGUUGAUACAAUCCUUAGAUACACGCUUGUCCAACAGAUAAUCCCAGAGAACAGUUCUGUCCAGCAAAUAGAAAGUAGACCCUAUGUCAAGAAAUACGUACCAGUAAGAUAAUUUGAUAAAUUGUUAAUUUCUUAUCACUAAUGUUAAUAAACUAUAAAAAUUCUACAAGGAUUUCAUUGUUCGCAAUUUUUACAACGUAUCUAACGGAGAAGUAGACAAAUUGUUUCAGUUGCUGAAGGUUGGGUACACUACCAUCUGUAGAAAUGUAUUUGAUCGUUUUUCUCACUGGGCGUUUUUCAGUGGUUAUUCAGGUGGUCUUAUUAUCAUGCACUUAUUCGUCUUUUAAUUGCGUUUUGACGAAAAGCUGUACUUCACUUUGCAAUCAAGUUUCUCGUAAUUGUUUUUAUUUUAUUUAUAUCACUUAUAAGACUGCGAAAAUUCAGCCUAGUAUAUGUAAAGAAAAGGAAAUGUAUAUAUGUUAAUUUCUUUUCAGUAUAUAGUUGUAUUGUCUUUAUUUGUAUUCAUUAUAAAGUUUCAUGUCUGUUAUAAUUUACUCAAUCACUCAGAUUAAGAUAUUCACUCUUAGCUUAGUAUCUGAAUUCUAACACCAUUUUAAGCAUUGAUUCUCAUUUUUUCUUAGGACAAUCAACUGUCAUUAAAAUGAUAUGUAAUCGACUUUUAAAUUUCCUAAAAGUCAUAUCCCUAAUUCAUACAACACUGAGAGGUGAAAUUUAAUUGUCCUUCUUGAAUUCAAAUUAAAUUAUCAUUUACCACUAUACUGUAGAUAGAAAACAUUUUCAAUUGUAGAAAACAAUCAAUCUAUUGAAAUCAUCCCAUGUACAUUCAUUUUCAUUUCAUUUUAACACAUAAGUAUAGGUACAGGGAGGCACCAAGUACAUAUGCACCACACGAAUCUCAAUUGAUUUGUGUGAGGGCUGUGAUACUGCCUGGGUGCCCAAACCGAAGCAGGUGGUUUUCUUAGGGGACCACACCCCGAGCCUUCGACCUGAACGUCUGAUCCACAAGGUAGUGGAGCAUCGUAAGGAGAUGCAGUCCCAUGGUAGCCGGUGACCAACGAUUGGUUCAUACGCCAUUUGUUCCUUCAGGAUACUGGAGCCCAUGUGCACCAUUGGUUUGGGGUCCGGUUAAAGCGCCGGAAAUUCGCUUUUCGUCCUCUCAUUUUUGUAAACAACACCCCAUGUACAUUAAAUUUUUACCAUCGUUUCGCUAUCAUAACAUAAAUUACCUAUACUUUUAUAUAAUGUUUAACCACUACGUUUUUGAAGUUUGAUUUAUGAUAAUUUCAUUGUUGACUGAAUAGUCAACAGGAUAUAGGAAUUGAUAUGAUAGUCGUAACUUAUUUAUUUAUUAUGAUUUUAUGACUCAUGAUUAUAUUUCAUUCUCUCCAUUCUCUAUUACUAGCUUUUAUGAUAUUUACAUCACCAACAGUUUCAGAAAUACAUAAUCAUAGUACUCAAUCUUCAACAAAUCAAACAAUUGUUACAUCUAAUGAAUUAAAUACUUUUGAUUCAUCAAUACUCGUAGCAACUAAUUCAAAUUCAGUUAGUCUAUCAAAUGAUUGUAAAACAACUUUAACUCAUUGAAUAAUUUAAUCCGGAAAAUUUUCCUUUUUUUUAAAAAAAAAUAUUGUUUUAUGCUUAUUUAUAGUUGAUGUUCAAUUUUCAAGUUUGCUUUUUUCUUCUUCGUUUUCUAAGUGGUAGUAUGUUGUUGUUUAUUUGUUUGUUUAUUUAAAUUUUAUUGGCGUCAUGUAAACGUGAACAUUUUUUUUUCUUUUUAGAAAUUUAAAAUCUGUAUUAUUCAAAUAACUAAAAGUACAUAUAUAUCAUAUUAGGAAUUUUCUAACUGUUUAGUAUCGUUUUCUAUUGUAUUAUUCCUAUUUCACUAAUUAUAUCAUCAUUAAAAAUCUGUUAUUAGGAUAUAUUUAUUUAAGGAAAUUAUCUAUUGUCUUUUAUUAAAAAGAAAUAUUUGUUUAUUUGUUUGUUUUUUGUUUUUAUAUUUAAAUAUGCACUCAAUAUAAAAUGACUCAAUAAAUGUAUUCUUUUCUCCUUUUCAAUAUGGCAGCCAUUCUAAGCAGAGAAAAAAUAAAAAUAAAAAUUCAAACAGUUCCUGUUAAAAAUUAAACUAUGUUUUUCCUCCAUUUGUAUUUGUUUUUGAUAUUUCUAUUAUGAUUAUAUUAUUACAUCACUUCGUCUUUUUUUUGACGAAUGAUUUACAAUUAGGUUUCCUAGUUGUUUCAUAUUAUUAAUUAUUAGUGUUAUUUUCAUUUUAAAUAAAGUAUCUUGUAAUGAAUAGGAUUUUUCAAAUAAUCAUAGGUCCAAUUAUAACUGUUGUUAUAAUGUUGUUGUAACAUUUGAAUUGAAAUACGCUUUUGAAACAUUGAACAUUUUUUUUGUUUUUAGAAAUUCAUCAUUUAGCACAUUUAAGUUACUUAUUUAUAAAAUAUAAAAAAAUUAUUUAUCUUCUUUCUUCUAAUCUACUUCCAUGAGAGAAUUCGGUUAGUUAUGCGAUAAGGAGUAUAUUUAUUUAUGGUUUUAUUGUUUAGAAUAUAACUGAUUUAUUUACAGUUUAUCCUAUGAUUAUCUCUAAAUUGUAGGAGCACAUUGUAAGGGGAGGGGGUUUUUCCUAUUUAAACUUGAUUGAAUAAAACGUGAUAGGUCAGAUUCU